AUGGAGGUGACCCCGAAGCACACGCAGGCGGUGAGCGGGUGGGCGGCCAUGGAGCCCUCCGGCGAGGUGGUGCCCUUCGCCUUCAAGCGCCGGGAGAACGGCGUGGACGACGUCACCAUCAAGGUGCACUACUGCGGCAUGUGCCACACGGACCUCCACUUCAUCAACAACGACUGGGGCAUCACCAUGUACCCCCUCGUGCCCGGCCACGAGAUCACCGGCGUCGUCACCCGGGUCGGCGCCAACGUCUCCGGCUUCCGCCCCGGCGACCGCGUCGGCGUCGGAUGCAUCGCCGCCUCCUGCCUCGACUGCGACCACUGCCGCCGCUCCGAGGAGAACUACUGCGACAAGGUCGCGCUCACCUACAACGGCAUCUUCUGGGACGGCAGCGUCACCUACGGCGGCUACUCCAGCAUGCUCGUCGCCCACAAGCGGUUCCUCGUGCGCAUCCCGGACGCCCUCCCGCUGGACGCCGCCGCGCCGCUGCUGUGCGCCGGGAUCACCGUGUACAGCCCCAUGAAGCAGCACGGGAUGCUGCUGGGCGAGCCCGGGCGGCGGCUGGGCGUGGUCGGGCUGGGCGGGCUCGGCCACGUCGCCGUCAAGUUCGGCAAGGCGUUCGGGCUCAAGGUCACCGUCAUCAGCACGUCGCCGGCCAAGGAGCGCGAGGCGAGGGAGAGCCUCAAGGCCGACGACUUCGUCCUGAGCACCGACGAGAGGCAGAUGCAGGCCAUGGCUCGGAGCCUGGACUACGUGAUCGACACGGUGUCGGCGCAGCACUCGCUGGGGCCCAUCCUGGAGCUGCUCAAGGUGAACGGGAAACUGGUGCUGGUGGCGGCGCCGGACAAGCCGGUGGAGCUGCCGUCCUUCCCGCUCAUCUUCGGGAAGAGGACGGUGAGCGGGAGCAUGACGGGGGGCAUGAAGGAGACGCAGGAGAUGAUGGACCUGUGCGGGGAGCACGGCAUCACCGCCGACAUCGAGCUCGUCUCCACCGACGGGAUCAACGACGCGCUGGCCAGGCUCGCGCGCAACGACGUCCGCUACCGCUUCGUCGUCGACGUCGCCGGCACUGGCUCCAGGCUCUAG